UAAACUAGGAGACCGAUGAACGAUAGGUAGAGGUAGAGCUAGCGAGAGAGAGGGAGAGUGUGUGGAGAGACUCGCGUGGUCCUUCCAAGAUUAAAUGACGUGCGAGAUCAUCCCUGUCACCUCCCGCAGUGGCCUCGUGCAUAUAUGCUAGUCUCUUCUUUGUCAUGGCUGGAGCGAAACACGCCUUGAAAAGAUUUUCACAAGAUCUUAUAUCCACUUUUCUCAAGAGAGUGCAAGUGGGUCUUCUUUGGAGCUUGAGGUCUCGGUUUCUUUGCUAGCAUUCUCAGUGACCAGUUUCUCUCUUCCUUGUUUUUGUGUGUCCUGCACAAACUGGGUGGACAAGGUGGGGGGGUUUUGGUGGGUUUUAGUCUGUUCAUGAUGGAAGAGAGCUGUAGAAAAGUGGUGGGCUAGGCUCAAGUUUGCACUUUGUGAUUGUUCCACAGAUUGUUUUCUUGAUUCUCGUUUUCUGAAUUCCUUUUGGGUAGUUGGUUUUCGGGAUCAAAUUACAGAGAAUUUUGGGAUUCGUUUGUAGAAUUUUGAAAUUUUAGUGGGAGUCUGAUGGCUGGGACUGGAAAAGAAUGGUGGGGUUGGAGAUGUUUUGCAAUGAUAGUGAUUAUAUCUCUUGUUGGAGCUUCAGUCUUUGUUUCAGCAAGGGAAGAUGGGAGAAAAGAAGGUCCAAGUAGCACAAAUGGUGACUCUAUAAUGGAUCUCCCCAAGGCUGUAUUCAAUUUCUUAUGGCAAAAGGGAAAAUUGGGUUAUACGCGUGUUUGGCCGGAAAUGGAAUUCGGCUGGAAAAUUGUGGUUGGAUCGAUAAUUGGAUUUUUUGGAGCAGCGUUUGGGAGUGUGGGAGGAGUUGGGGGUGGUGGCAUUUUUGUUCCCAUGCUCAAUUUGAUCAUUGGUUUCGAUGCCAAGUCUUCAACUGCUAUAUCAAAAUGUAUGAUUAUGGGUGCAGCAGCAUCUACUGUUUACUACAACCUUAAGUUGAGGCAUCCCACACUUGACAUGCCAGUCAUUGACUAUGACUUGUCACUUCUUUUCCAGCCUAUGUUGGUGCUUGGAAUCAGUAUCGGAGUCGCCUUCAAUGUCAUAUUUGCUGACUGGAUGAUCACAGUUUUGUUAAUCAUUCUUUUCUUAGGCACCUCAACAAAAGCAUUUUUGAAAGGUGUCGAAACUUGGAAAAAAGAAACAAUACUCAAGAAGGAGGCUGCUAGACGACUGGAAACAAACGGGGAUGGAGCUGAGGAAGCGGAGUACAGACCUCUACCGGGAGAGCCAAAUAGUGGCAAUGAGACAGAAAGCAAGGAAACCAAAAGAACUGAGGUUCCUGUUCUGGAGAAUGUCCACUGGAAGGAUCUGGGGCUUCUUGUUAUUGUCUGGGUUGCCAUACUUGCAUUGGAAAUCGGAAAGAAUUACACAACCACCUGUUCAGCUCUAUACUGGGUUUUAAAUCUUCUGCAGAUACCCGUCGCUGUUGGAGUUUCUGGGUAUGAGGCUUAUAGCUUGUACACAGGGCGGAGAGUGAUAGCUUCCAGGGGCGAAGGGGGUGCUGACUGGAAAAUACACCAGCUAGUCAUGUAUUGCGGCUUUGGCAUAGCAGCGGGUAUGGUUGGUGGAUUGCUUGGUCUCGGUGGAGGAUUCAUUUUGGGCCCACUUUUUCUUGAGCUGGGAAUCCCUCCUCAGGUCUCGAGCGCCACAGCCACUUUUGCCAUGACAUUUUCCUCGUCCAUGUCUGUUGUAGAAUAUUACCUCCUAAAACGUUUUCCAGUUCCCUAUGCUCUCUACUUUGUGGCGGUGGCAACAGUUGCUGCCCUCACGGCCCAACCCAUAGUCAGAAGGAUAAUAGCCAUUCUAGGGCGAGCAUCUUUGAUUAUUUUCAUCCUCGCCUUCACAAUUUUCGUGAGUGCGAUAUCACUAGGUGGGGUUGGUAUAGUGAAAAUGAUUGAGGAAAUAGAGAAUCAGGACUACAUGGGAUUCGACGACUUGUGCUCGGCGGAUUCUUGAUACGACUAUUACUUUUUUUGCUCUCCUCCUUCAGUAUUCUACCGGUUCUUCUCUGAACUGAAAACUUAUUGUCAUGUUAUUUGCAAUAAAUUUUGGUAAUUCAGGACAA